AUGUAUUACGAAAAUAAGAAACCAUCGGUCUUACCAAAAAAACUUAAAAAAGAAAUAACUGAUGCUUAUAUUGAUUUCGUAGUAUUAGAUGGUCGUCCAUUCGAAAUUGCAUUUGGUAGUGGUUUUAAACAAUUUCUUCAAGUAAUUUAUAAUGCAGGAAAAUCAUCAUCGAAUACUCAAUCAAUUGACAUUUCUGAUUAUUUACCACAUCCUACGACAGUAAGCAUACAUUUCUGUGGUGUUACUGUUCGUGCAACCGAUUCAGACUUUUAUUUACAUAGUUUUUGUCUUUGUUGUAAACCGUAUUCUCUAGAAAAUCCAACAGCUCCAAAUAUUCGAAAAUUUGUUGAUGAACUUUUAUUGGAAUAUGGUCUUUCGUUAAAUACAAAUUCGUUCAUUAUCACAGAUAAUGAACCUAAGAUGAUUGCUGCUCUACGUGGUGCUAAUCGUGUAGGUUGUAGUGAUCAUUACAUAAAUAAAAUAUUGGAACAUUCUUUCACAAUAUCCAAAAGUGGUUGUGUUGAAGUAGUUCAAACAUUUGAUGUUAUUAAAAGUCUUGUAGCAAAUUUUCGUCGAAGUCAUCGACAAAAUGUCUUCAAUUUAACUUACAAUGAACUUAUGGAUAUUUUUAGUGGUUCUCAUUAUAAUGAUUUUGAGUCUAUUGAUAAAGAUUUGUUAUCUCUCAUUUGUGAUUUUCUUCGAGUAUUUGAUGAAAUUAUUACAACUUUAAAUGAUGCAGCUUUGGCUACAAGGUGA